GUGUCUCGCCCACGGAAUCUUGCGCGCUGCCUGGCUCAGUUCGGCCGAGGGUGUCGGCGUGGGUGGAGUCUAGCACUCUGGCUCUAUUCAACGAGAACGUGCUAAGGUCUCAGGCGGCCAUCGCUUUGCACAGACACGAUGACUGUCAGUCAUCGGAAGAACAAGGUCCAAGCCAAGCCUGAUGACCGCAAGCUGGCCGUCGAACCAGGGAUAAGAUAUCAUUGCGAUGCCUGCGGAGCCGACAUCACUCUCACCGUUCGUGUCAGAUGCGCAGGGGGCUGCGAGGACUUUGAUCUCUGCGGCAGCUGCUUCUGUGCCGGUAUAGAGGUCAGACAACACAAGGCGUGGCAUAACUAUCGCAUCGUAGAGCAACAUGCAUACCCCAUCUUCUGCGAUGACUGGGGUGCAGACGAGGAGCUCCUCCUCAUUGACGGGUGCCAGAUCUAUGGUGUGGGUAACUGGGCAGACAUUGCAGACCACAUUGGCAACCGCACCAAGGAGGAAGUCGAGAAGCACUACAUCAAAGUCUUCCUCGAAGGCAGAGAUGGGACGAAAGAAGGGGACAGGCGAGCAGCAGCUGUUUUGCAGGAAGCGCAAGCAGCACGUGCGGACCGGGUGCGAGAAGACGAAGAGCUGCGAGGGCGACGUAGUCCGACUCCCAUCGUGGCGCCUAAUAUGCAUUUCAAGCCGUCCGUCAACGCAGAGGCCUUCCAGACUCGCAAAAGACAGCGAAUCGAGGAUCUACGCAUUGCACAAGCCAACUUCCAGCCCAACAAGCUCACCAAGCCACUCGUUUCGGCGCCCACCUCGCACUCGGAAAUUGCGGGUUUCAUGCCUGGUCGACUCGAGUUCGACUACGAGUACGAGCAGGACGCUGAGAACUUGACGAAGGACAUGGAAUUCGGCCGAGUGUAUAAGUUUGGCGGAGAACUUAUCAAGAGCGAGCACGAUGCGUUAGGAGGGAAGAAGGCUGUCCAGGGCAUGGCGCGUAUGCCGCCCAGCGCUCGAGGCGCUGUUGGUAGUAGAACAGGUGCUGGUACGGGGAGCAAAGGACUUGCGGAGGCGGGCGACACAGACACUCCUGCGCCUGAAGCCGAGGACGGUAAGGAGAAGGGCCAAGCGAACGCCGUUACAGGAGACGGGCAAGGGGACGAGGUGUCUAUGUCAGUCGCCGAGAGUUCGUCGCAGGCUGCUAAAAGAGCAGCAGAGCAGACGGCCGCUGCUACCACCACUUCGAACGCCGCGCCAUCUGCAUCUUCGAGCGUGGACCUCAAGGGCAAAAAAAAAGCUAUCGAGGAAGACGCGAGCGCGCCAGACCCCUCUGCAUCUGCGGUAGACGGCACAGGUGCAUCUUCCACUGCUGCGGCUGCGGGUGAUGCAUCUCAAGCUACGGAAGAUCGAGCAGCGGAUUGGGACGAAGAUGACGCGGAUCUCGAACUCAAGCUGACGGUGCUGGAGAUGUACAACGAGCGCAUCAACCGGCGAGCGAGAAGAAAAAGGUUUAUGUUUCAGCGCAAUCUCAUGGAUUACAAGAGGAACAUAGCCGCAGAGCGUCGCCGACCGAAAGAGGAGCGCGAGCUGCUCAAUCGCGUACGGCAUUUCGCACAGCUACAGACAGCGCAAGAUUUCGAAGACUUCCUCAAUGGCUUAUGCUACGAAGAAGCAUUACGGCGGGCCGCUGGGCAGAUGCAGCGCUGGCGCAAAGCGGGCAUCACUUCUCUGCAAGAUGGCGUGCAGUACGAAAAGGAGAGGACAGAGCGAGUCAAGAAAGCCGCAGCGCUGGCGGAGGGUGGGCUCGCCGCUUUCCCGCUUGUCGCUGCGGGCCUGCCGAGCGGGCCGCGACAGAGUGCGUCUAAAGCAAGCAGUGCGGCCGCUGCCGCGCGCCAGAGGGAGGUCAGUGUCGUGAGCCAGGGUAAGGACGAUGCAGGGCCGACGGGUGGCAAGAAAGGCGACGCGGCGGACGCCACGGGCAAGCUUGGCCGCAAACCUCCUCGCCCGAUGGAUUUCACUAAUGACCCCAACUUAUCCCUCCUCACCGAGAACGAAAAGGUUCUCUGCUCGACUGUGCGCGUCAAACCGGCUGCCUAUCUGACGAUCAAGAAGCAAAUCCUCGUCGAGUACCUCCGGCGCAAAGGCAAGCUCUCGCGGCGCGACUGCCGGACCCUGUUCAAGAUGGACGUCAACAAGCUCGGAAAGAUCUACGAUGUCAUACGCGAGGAAGGCUUCCUUGAUGCCGUCACCAAGUACGGUCUCGCCGGCGCGACGGUCGACCCAGUCGUAUCAAGUGACGAUGUUCUGGUUGUGAAUGGCGGCACGGGAGCUUCGAUGAAUGGCAGCGUCAACGGCAGCGGCGGACAUGCUCUCAAUGGGCAUCACGAUAGCGCGAUCAACGGCAGCGUACUCAAGAACGCGCGCGGCGAACCGCUGCUCAAUGCCAACGCUGGCCCCUCCGAUUCUCCGCAUCAAGCCCGCCCUUGGCGACCAACUGCGAUAGUCUGACACCAUUCAGGAUGCGAACGAACGUUCAUACGCAUGCAAGUGAAAUGAUCCCAUAAAUGUGGAUCUCUUCAUCCUGUAUUCCACUCCAAGCAUCAAUCUAUUCUCAUCACGGCAUGCACACA